GGGCUCACUUUCGUUUGUGAUUGCGAAACAUUGUUUACGAAUCACAAUUUCCAUCGUUUAUCGUCGUUUUUUCCGGAUAAAAUUAAAAUUUAUACCAUUUAUUAUUGAAAUAAAAUCUCAGAAAUGAUGCAUUUAAGGACUAUAAUCAAAAGUGUCGCAAAUGCGCGAAAUCUAUCCACCUCCAGCCAGCGAUUACUCAAUCUGGUUCCAAUCGUGGUGGAACAAACGGGACGUGGCGAGCGCGCCUAUGACAUCUUUUCCCGUUUGCUCAAGGAGCGAAUCAUUUGCCUGAUGGGUCCAAUCCAUGACGAUCUGAGCUCGUUGAUCGUAGCGCAACUGCUAUUCCUGCAGUCAGAAAACGGAACCAAACCGAUCCAUAUGUACAUCAACUCUCCCGGAGGUAGCGUCACUGCCGGACUGGCCAUCUAUGAUACCAUGCAGUACGUGAAGCCUCCAGUGGCUACGUGGUGUGUCGGCCAAGCCUGUUCGAUGGGAUCGCUUCUGUUGGCCGCCGGUGCCCCUGGGAUGCGUCACUCAUUGCCCAACGCACGGAUCAUGAUCCACCAGCCGUCUGGAGGAACUCAGGGUCAAGCCACCGACAUUCAAAUCCAAGCGGAAGAGAUCCUCAAGCUGAAGAAGCAGUUGACGGAAAUUUACGGAAAGCACACGAAAACUGCGGUCGAUGUGCUGUACGCCAAAAUGGAACGAGAUACGUUCCUCAAUCCGGAAGAAGCACAGGCCCUAGGGAUCAUCGACACGGUGCUGGAGCAUCCACCGUCGUCCACCGAGGGAUCGUCGUGAUUCAAAGGAUGAAAAUAGAUUAUGUGGCAAUUUAUGUUGACUUUGUUAGGGUUUUAUUGCAAAUUUAAUAUCGAUUCUACAAUAAAAUGAUUGAUCAUUUGUAUAAGGUGACUUACCCUAUACAGUAUUCCAA